GGCGCUCGCAGCAGGUUCCGGGGCGCGCCGCGGCGGCGGCCUGCGAUUCGGGCGGGAUGGAGGAGGCCGCGAUCGGAGACGCCGAGCUCAACUGGUCCCGCCUGAGCGUUUCGACCGAGACGCUGGAGUCGGAGCUGGAGGCGCGCUCCGAGGAGCGGCGGGGCUCGCGGGAGGCGCUGCUGCGGCUGCGGCUGCUGCUGCCCUACAACCGGCUGACGUCGCUGCCGCGGGCGCUGGGCAGCGGUUUCCCGCACCUCCAGCUCCUGGACGUGAGCGGGAACGCGCUCACGGCGCUGGGACCGGAGCUGCUGACGCUGAGCGGCCUGCGCACGCUGCUGGCCAGGAACAACCGGCUCGGCGGCCCGGGCUCGCUGCCCAAGGGCCUGGCCCAGUCGCCGCUCUGUCGCAGCCUGCAGGUGCUCAACCUCAGCGGCAACUGCUUCCAGGAGGUGCCCGCCUCGCUGCUGGAGCUGCGCGCGCUGCAGACCCUCAGCCUGGGCGGCAACCAGCUCCAGAGCAUCCCCGCCGAGAUCGAGAACUUGCAGCGUUUAGAAUGCUUAUACCUUGGAGGAAACUUCAUUAAAGAAAUCCCACCAGAAUUAGCAAAUCUACCUUCUCUGAAUUACUUGGUGUUAUGUGACAACAAAAUCCAAAGUGUGCCUCCUCAGCUUUCACAGUUGCAUUCACUUCGUUCUCUCAGUCUCCACAAUAACUUACUGACUUACCUGCCUCGAGAGAUCCUCAACCUUAUCCAUCUGGAAGAGUUGAGUUUACGAGGAAAUCCACUGGUUGUUCGGUUCGUUAGAGAUUUAACGUACGACCCUCCAACUCUGCUGGAAUUAGCUGCAAGGACCAUUAAGAUCCGAAGUAUUUCUUACACUCCCUGUGACCUUCCUGGGAAUCUCUUAAGAUACUUGGGUUCAGCCAGCAAUUGCCCAAACCCAAAAUGUGGUGGAGUCUAUUUUGACUGCUGUGUCAGACAAAUUAAGUUUGUGGACUUCUGCGGGAAGUACCGCCUCCCCCUGAUGCACUAUUUGUGUUCUCCAGAAUGUUCUUCCCCCUGCAGCUCUGCCACACACAGCUCUACAUCCCAGAGUGAGUCUGACUCAGAAGAUGAAGCCAGUGUUGCUGCACACAGGAUGCAGAAGGUUCUUCUUGGUUGAGCAGCAGUGGGUGUUGAAAAAUACUAAAACUAAGCAAAGAUGAUUAAAAAAGAAAAUGGAGCUUGAAAAUGAUUGGAAACCUUUGUGUUUUCAUCUUGAAUGUCCAUGUAAGAGUUGCAGUGACAUGAAAGAUUUCGCAUUCUGUCUGUCCAUUUAGCAAGAUUGAGUUCAGUUCCAUGUUUAGAUUCUUUUGAGUGUAAUUUAUUAUAAAUGGCAGUUCAAAAUUCAACUGGUUGGUCACAAUUUUCAAUUAAGUCUUUGAUGAAACACUAACACAAUGGUACACUCUGAAGAGCAGUCAUAAUCUGCCUGAGUGGUGUCACCUGGGACAGUUGGGUUGAUUAUAGUAGGACACCCUGACAGCUGUACUACGAGAGUUGUCCUGGUUUGUGCUGAACACUGCCAUAAAUAGAAUGAGCCUUCUGCUUGUGUCACCCCUGGGCUUGAGCCUUUGUGACCAACUAACCAGUACAGUAAGGACUAUCACCUUUAAAUGGAAUAUGCAAACUUCAGUUCUUGUUUUGUGUGAUUGUUCCUGACUUUAUGCAAUCUAGCUAUGAUGUGUUACAGUGCCUUAAUCCUAGCAAGGAUAUGGAAGCUUAUUCUAAAAAUGAUUUCAGAGCAACCUACAACCUGACACUAUGCAAAACACUAGGAAAUAGGCUUUAACAGACUAGGUAAACAACUGUGUAGAUAAUACCAAGUCCUGUGGGCCUGGAACUCUUUAUGUAGAGUGGGCUGGCCAGGAACUCAGAUUCACCCGCCUCUACCUCCUGGUGCUGGCAUCAAAGGUGUGCACCACCAUCUACUUCUCUGACCACCUCAACUUCAAUUUGUUAACUGCAGUGAUCUCUUACAAGCAUGGCUUUCACAUUUAUAGGAGGCUACAGUCACGAUCCAUCUAUUUACCAAAAGACAGAAUAAUUGUUCUUGACAGAAAAAUCUAGAUGGCAAGUAAUCUAAGAAAAGCUGCUUUAUAAUAUUGGACUAAAUGAGGGGAAGUUGGACAUGGCUGUGCACACCUCCAAACCAGCACUUGGGAGGUAGAGGCAGAAGAUCAGGAGUUCAGAGUUAGCCUAGGCACCAUAGUGAAAUUGAGGCCAGCCUGGGCUAUAUACUCGAAAACUCGUCCCAACGUGGGGGUGGGGAGGAUUUGAACUGUCAAAUGUGCCUCCUUUGCUUGUGUUGUAUACUAACCAAAACUUUCUGCAUUUGAAAGAAAAACUACAACUAGAUAACAUGACAGUUGAAGGUAGUCAGAAUAGAGCUUAGUAUGUUCAUCCACAAUAGAAUAGUUCACA